UCAUGUUUUCAAUCUUCAUUAAUAUUUUAAUUAAAGUAGUUUUCCAUUAAAAUAAUAGAAAUUUAUGAAAUUCUACUGAAAAGUGUUACUCUGUUUUUGUUCCUAAAUAUACAUACAACUACCAGAACUACUCAAACUUUCUAAGAACAACUGUAAAUAAAAGUAAACAAAAACAAUGCCGAAAUUGGAUGAAAGACCUAAAGUAAUUAUGGAAGAAUUUAGAGUUAAGAAUGCACCUGAUGAUUAUGGAAUGGAAGAUGAGAAAUGGAACUUCAAAAAGUACAAGAAAAACUUCCGCAUCGUUAUUGUCCGUAUGAACAAUUUAGAAAUGGAGUUUGACCUCAUUGGCACUUAUCCUGCAUUUGCAAAUGCCUUCCGUCGUCUGAUGCUCAGUGAGGUGCCGAGCAUGGCUAUUGAAAAAGUAAUGAUAAAAAAUAAUACCUCGAUUAUCCAGGACGAGGUACUGGCACACAGACUGGGGUUGAUACCACUCAAAGCUGACCCAAGGAAUUUUGAAUAUCGUUCACCAGAUGCUACUGAAGGGACAGAAUUUAACACAUUGGAAUACUCCCUGAAAGUGAAAUGUACCAAUAAUCCUUCACAACCUAAGGAUUCAUUCAGAGCUGAGGAUAUGUAUGAAAAUCACAGUGUGUAUUCAAAACAAAUAAAGUGGCAUCCCCUCGGCAACCAGUCAUCAGUCUACAAGGAGGCGGACGUGGGGCCGGUACAUGGAGACAUCCUCAUCUCCAAGAUGCGGCCGGGACACGAGCUGGACCUCCACCUGGUGGCUGUCAAGGGCAUCGGCAAGGACCAUGCCAAGUUUUCACCUGUUGCGACGGCCUCCUACCGGCUCCUCCCAGACAUCCAGAUAACUCGUGAGGUGCGCGAUGCGUCGGCCACGCUGCUGCAGCGCUGCUUCUCGCCCGGCGUCAUCGACAUCGACGGCGAGGGACGCGCCUUCGUGAAGGACGCACGCUACGACAGCUGCAGUCGCAAUGUGUAUAGAUACGACGAGAUCAAAGACGCAGUUGUGCUCAGUCGGAUUAGGAAUCAUUUUAUAUUCAACGUGGAGUCGGUGGGCGCGCUGCCGCCGGCCGCCAUCUUCAUCGAGGCCGUCAAGAUCCUGCGCGACAAGUGCAAGUCACUGCUGGAGGAACUCAAUAACAUUUAAUAUUUUUGAAAAUAAAUUAUGAGGUAAAGA